CGGCCAUGACGUGGUAUGGCAUGACAAGAAUUAAUAUAAGCGAGUUAUUUACUACUGGAAGUAAGAGUACAGAGGACUAUAAGUACGACUAUAUCCAUCAACUCAGCCAUGUAUAGCAUUCAGAAGACUUCAUACUCGACAACCCUUAUACCUAACUUCUUCGCCCUUUAAGGCACGAGCAAAUACGAAACACUCCCAAAUAAUUUAUUAUUAGUCUACCUAAUAUCAAACAAUGGCCGCCAAAUCCCCUAUUGUACUUAUCUUCGGUGCGGGCGCCAAUGUUGGCAUGUCCGUCGCGCGCACCUUUGCGUCCCAGGGCUACAAAGUCGCGCUUGCCGCCCGCUCGCUGAAGGAGGCUGACAGCACCGACGACCAGCUGAACAUCCCGAGCGACUUCUCCAACACUGAUAGUAUACUCAAUGCCUUUGACAAGGUAAAGCAGGUAUUCGGCAUCCCCAGUGUCGUUGUAUAUAACGCCAGCGCCGCGAGCUUUACCCCCGCCGACGACCCGCUCAGCCUCUCCUUGGCCGACUUGAAUCACGUUACGAAUAUCAACAUCUUCAGUGCCUUUGUCGCCGCGCAACAGGCAGUCUUGGGCUUUGCACAGCUUCCAGCGUCAGCUGCGCGCACUUUCAUCUACACCGGCAAUAUCACCAACGUCGCCAUCAUCCCGAAAUUCAUGUCCCAGGGCAUCGGUAAGUCGGGCGCCGCUCACAUGAUCUGGGCGGCCGCGGAGGCCUACAAAGAUCGUGGAUAUAAAUUCUACUAUGCCGACGAACGUAAGGCGGACGGAGCGGCCAGAUACCAAAUCAGUGGUGAUGCACAUGCGGAACUCUACUGGGACCUAGCCCACGGCAAGACGCAGGGCCCGUGGAUGCAGACUUUCGUCCAGGGUGUGGGAUAUAAGAAGUUCGACUCCGCAUAUACGUCUCUCCCGUGAGGCAUUACUGGCGUUUGAUUGUCGGUUUGGCAGGUUCAGACAGGCCAAUGUCCCCGAUAGGGCCGUUUUCUCAAGGUACUAGAUCAUUAAUAGCUUAUGGGUGGAUUAAAUAGCUGUACAAAAUAUCGAA